GAAACACACGAGCUUGUACGCACAGCGCCCCAACUCGCCAUUGCUCGGGUAUAUUCCCGCGGGAGUAAAAGAAACUGCGUUGCAACGACCGUCUCGUGGCUCUCUCGACGUUUGCCCAGCCCUUCUCCCGAGCAAGUAAACUGUUCAGACCGUCGGCUGAGAGCGGCCAGUUAUCGGACAGACACAGCGCCGAGGCACCCAGGAUGCUGAGACUAGGAACAUCACUGGUCCGUCAUGGCGCGCGUGCUUCUAGCCGGCAAGCCGCCCCGGCUGUUGCAGUCGCGACGGUGCGAUUGAGCGUUCUAAGCAGAGGGGGCGCCGUAUCUGCUACUGCAAGGGUAGCACCGACGACGGGGGUAUGGGCAAGACAUGGGGCGAUCGGCGGGUCUCUCACCCACUUCGUUCGUCAUCUAUCCUCGGGGGGUGAGGAGGUCAUUCCCGUGCCGAGCAUGGGAGACUCCAUCAGCGAGGGAACCAUCGUCGAGUGGGCCAAGCAGCCGGGUGAUUCGGUGGAGUUAGACGAGGUGGUCGUGGUCCUGGAGACGGAUAAGGUAAGCAUCGAUGUCCGUGCGCCGAGUGCGGGAACACUCGUAGAGCAGAUGGCGGCCGACGGCGACAUCGUGGAGGUCGGCGCACCUUUGAUGAAGCUCGAUACGUCCGGAGGGGGGGGAGGGGGAGGGGCAGCGGCGGCCGCACCCGCGGAUAAGGCGGCAAAACCACCCAAAGAGCCGAGCGAGGAAGCUGCCCCGAAGCCGCCCCCGGCGCCUCAGCCGUCGCCCGCCGCUGCUCCGCCGGCACCCCCCGCCGCCGCCGCCCCGGCUCCGGCUGCGGCACCCGCCGCGGGGCAGAAGGUGGCGCUUCCGCCGAUCAGCCCUGCCGCUAACGGUGACCGCACCGAGUCGAGGGUAAAGAUGACGCGCAUGCGCAUGCGGAUCGCAGAACGCCUCAAGUCCGCGCAGAACACGGCCGCCAUGCUCACUACGUUCCAAGAGUGCGACAUGUCUCACCUGAUGAACAUGCGAAAGGCGUACAAGGACGACUUCGAGAAGAAGCACGGUAUCAAGCUUGGGUUCAUGUCUUGCUUCGUCAAGGCAUCGGCUGACGCCCUCCGGGAGAUGCCCGCUGUCAACGGCUACAUCGACGAUAAGGCGAAGGAGAUUGUGUACCGCAACUACGUGGACGUCUCGGUGGCGGUUUCGUCGCCGAACGGAUUGGUCGUUCCGGUGCUCCGGAAUGUCGAGGACAUGGGUUUCGCGGACGUGGAGAAGGCCAUCGCAGAGUACGGCAGGAAAGCGAAAGAGGGAUCUCUGGCGCUCGAAGACAUGGCUGGAGGGUCUUUCACCAUCUCCAACGGAGGCGUGUUCGGAUCUCUCAUGGGCACGCCCAUCAUCAACCCCCCCCAAUCCGCCAUCCUCGGCAUGCACGCCACCAAGAUGCGGGCUGUCGUCGGACCCGACGGUCAAGUGGUGGCAAGGCCCAUGAUGUACCUCGCCCUCACCUACGACCACCGGCUCAUCGACGGCCGGGAGGCGGUGACGUUCCUCAAGUCGGUUGCCCUUAAGGUCCAGGACCCGACGCGCCUGCUGCUAGACCUAUGAGUGCACCAACUCCAGCGGAGAGUUUCCUUUUUGUUUUUUUCCCGUGUUAACUGGCGCCAGAAUAGAUGGGACGAGCAAACACGCACCUUUCCGAUGUAAGCAGAGUAUAGUUUUUGUCCUUUUUUGGGGGCACAUUAGGUCGAAAGCUCUGGAAGUGACGUGGAUCUGUGUGAUGAGCAAUCACUCGAGUAUAUCGGCGGCCCUCAAGGGGGCAACGCAGAUGUGCUUUGUUUGGUCGCGGCAGCGCGGGGGGAGGGGGUUUGCACGACAUACGUCGGGCGCGGGACCUGAAAAGGGUUACCAUAAAACUAAUUGCAGUUUCAUUUUUCUAGAUGCAGAUAUUUUUGGAGGCAGGAUGGUCCUGGUAGGGUCAUCAUGUGUUGUAUGUCGCACUGGGUUGGGUUCUGUGUCGUAGUGGUGGUGGUGACGGCUAUGAAAAAGGUGUCGGCGGCCGGCACGCCGACUUCAACAGUUGCCGUAAAUCUCUCAUAUGAAAAGUUGGUAGCCUCACUACCAGGUCGAAAGAGUUGGCGAGACUAGGCUAGCUUCACGAGCGAAGCAAGGGACGGAGGGGAGAUUCACGUCGUGGACUACAAUACUGAUUUGGAGUUUCCCUUUCGCCAAUGACCCGGCCAGUCGUUGGGGGGAGAGAAACUUAGAUGAUGUACAUACGCGAGGCAGGAAAUCCAGGGAAAUAUGGACCUGUUUCAAUUCAUUAGACUACACGCAUAGUCUACAUGUCGACGGCGCGAGAAAGUGCCACCAACUACAACGGCUGCGGUGUGUUGGACAGCGAUCGGUUAAUAAUGCUCUGCAGGCAUGCUCGCUGCCUCGGCACAAAACGGUUUCAUGACCUGGGCGCGAAACGCUGGGACACGUCCAUGGCGACAGCGGCGAGGAAACUACUGUUGUCUCGGUGUCUCUGGAGGUCAGCCAGUCUACAGCUGCCGACGUCUUCUCGCCCGCAAAUCUGCGUUUCCGUUUUUUUGCCUUGAAACGAAUUAGUCUACUCGGAGUCAAACGGCACUGCCAUCUGCCAAGGGGGCGACGUUGGCGACGCUCCAUUUUUCGUCUACUUGUACUGCUGCUGUAGACUACUAAGGAGAGAUAAAUACACGCACAGAAAGACUACCCAUUCGAGAUAUACCCACAGUCGAACGGGAUAGACUAUGUACGAAGGUUCGUUCUAAAGUGCAAUUUGGACACUUUCCGUGCUCUACUGAUGCUGAUUACCAACACCAAACAUACCAGGAAACCAGCUAACACGAUACAAACUGAACGCUAUGCCCUACCUAUCAUGCACCAGGUGUACCAUCCUCUUCUACUGUGAACAUCACUGAUACGCUACCCCAAAGGGUCAAAAAAGUUAUUUUGUAAAUUCAAAAGACCGGCGUGAAACACCUGCUGCCCUUCAAAAAUCUUUAGGUUUGAAAAACGAAUGAUGUACUGCUGUAGCCUUCUUUCCAUCUUCCAUGAUUUUUACAUCAAUAUUAUUUAUUUCCCCUUAAAUUCCUAAAACCAGCAAGCUGUCAAUAGACACUGCGCCGUGUCCCCUGUGAAGGUUACAUCUUUCAGCAGUACACGCCACUACGGAGGGAUUCUCCC